GGCCCGGCGCUGCCCCCGGCCGCCGGUAGGUCGGCGGCGCCUGACGUGACCGCGGCGGCCGGCGGUUAUAAACCCCAGCGCCGGCAGCGGGACGGCGGCGGGGUGGGUGCUGUGUUUGUCCCGUCCCUCGCGGGUUGAGCAGCGGCGGGGGGCCUGAGGGCUGCCGGUGAGGCCGAUGCCCCGGCUGGAGAGCUGCACCUGGAGCUGUUCGUGCGCAGCCAGGGGGAGGCACAAAACGCAGCAGGGCGACACGGCCACCAAGGCGGGCGAGAUGCUGAGCUCUGGAGGCCCCUCGCAGGUGUCAGCAGGACACGGGGCGCGGAGCCCCGGCGGUGCGGGCAGCACCCUGAACUGGAGCCGGCACCUGGUGCAGCGCAGCGUGGUCCUCUUCGUGGUGGGCGCUUUCAUGGCGCUGGUGCUGAACUUGCUGCAGGUGCAGAGGAACGUGACGCUGUUCCCCGAGGAGGUCAUCGCCACGCUCUUCUCCUCCGCCUGGUGGGUGCCCCCGUGCUGCGGGACGGCGGCAGCUGUUGUUGGCCUGCUGUACCCCUGCAUUGACAGCCACCUGGGGGAACCACACAAGUUCAAAAGAGAGUGGGCCAGCGUCAUGCGAUGCAUAGCAGUUUUCGUUGGCAUUAAUCAUGCAAGUGCUAAAUUAGACUUUGCAAACAAUGUCCAGCUGUCCCUGACUCUAGCAGCCUUAUCGCUGGGUCUCUGGUGGACAUUUGAUCGUUCAAGAAGUGGUCUCGGACUUGGAAUUACGAUAGCCUUUGUAGCAACUCUGAUAACCCAGUUCCUUGUAUAUAAUGGUGUUUAUCAGUAUACAUCCCCAGAUUUUCUUUACAUCCGUUCUUGGCUUCCGUGUAUAUUUUUCUCAGGAGGUGUGACUGUAGGAAACAUAGGACGCCAGCUGGCUAUGGGUAUUCCAGAGAAACCACACAAUGACUAAAUCCUUGGAGGAGAGAGCAUGGUGCCAGCGUGAAAGCAACAUUGAGAAGAUGUGUUCCUGUUUUAAAUUGAAGAUUAUUUAGAGAAAAUAAUCUCUCUAUGGGCUCACUGCACAAAUGACUUGUGGAAAAAAAAUUAAUCCACUCUUAGAAUAGCCAAGUGAAAUUAACUGCUUAUCUUGAAAUCUUACCCUGAUUUACUGCAUAAGCAUUUGCAUAUGGCUGUUCUCUCGAAGAGUUUAACACCAAGUUGAAUACAAGCAUUCAGGCUAAGUGGCAGUUUUCCAAGUAUUAGAUUCCAGUGUAAGUUAUUGAAGCAGCUGCCACAUCUUAAAGCCUUGAAACAGAAAUUUAAUUACAAGCGCCUGUAUCAGUGCCCAAAGGAAGUAGAUCGAUGGUGCUUAACAAUGAUGAAGUAUGGUUUAAUAGGAAUAGUAUUUAUCCAAAUCUUUUAAAAAAAAGUAUAGGGUUAUUUAAAAAUAAGAGUGAUCAAAACAGAUUAAAGGCAUUGCACUAACGCUUUUAGGAGUCUUAUGAAGGAAUCAUGCCCUUACCUGUAAUGCUGCAUUAAGUUUGACUUUAGCAGUGGAGGGGGUUUGAGGGACAAAAGGCUUGAAGUCACCUGGCUGGGAAAUUUCUAAAUUACUUCAGUACAGUAGGUGAAUGCUGGAGACAAUCUUGUUCCAACAUGAACUUUAUCAAGAAACUCUAGCUUGAGCAAAUCUCGUUCUGGCCCAAUUCAGUAGGAAAGUGUUUGUAAGUGUUCUGCUUAAAAGUAUGCAUGUGCUUCAGUGUCUCACCAAAGCUGCCUUCAGGUGUCUUAAAUGUGUGGUGUCACUGAAGAUACCUGCAUUGCAGGUGCUUGUGGUUAGUGAGGAUGUGGUCCCAACUCCUCAGAAGAUCUGUAGUUUCCUCCUUACAGCUGUUUUUGAUCUUGCAUCUGUUUGAGUGAGGGUUUUGACUAAAAACAUUGGAAACAGAAGCAAGCCUAAAAUGUGACUUAAACUGCAUGUGAAGAAUUUUGAACAGCUUGUUUCCUUAAUUCAGUUUAUGAAAGAGAUCACUACUUGUUUUUAUCACAACCCUAUAGAACUUGCAAUCUGUGAUUGCCAUGUGUAAAAAAAGGAAAGAAAAAAGUGCUUAUGUCACUACAUUAAACAUUUGGUGUUUCUUAAUACAUAGUUCUGUGAGCACAAUGUAUUCGUUUGAUAGCUUAGACCACAGUAGACCUAAAUAGCAAGUAUUAGGUCUUAAAAUUGAAGUGCAAUGUACAGUAAAAAUCUGAGCCUUGUAUUCUCUUACAUAGCGAUCAUUUCUUAUGACAGAUUAAAGAGAAGAAGGUUCUGAGUUCAUUUCAAUGCUGCAUGGAGUCAAAUGGAGCAAUAAUUUAUUUAACUAGUAAUAGUAAAGCUAGUUUUGUUGUAUCUUUCAUCAAACCCAGAUUUUUAGAAAUACUCCAAUUUUGUGGUUAUGGUGUACUUGUAAACUUUUAUGCAUUUGCCUUUUUGUAUUCUACAUUUUUCGUGUGUGUUUGUUUCCACUCUUACAUGGCUUCUGAUGUAAUUAGAGGCAUCUGUUAAAGACUGACCCGUCAAAAAAAGAUGUUGAGGCAAGGUAGCAGCAUCCUGGCUGUUUUCACUCUUCUACGGGAAUGCUCUAACUGCUGCUUGUGCUUCUGUUUUGGAGGAAGAGAUUAGCACAAAGACGGUAUUACAAAACAGCCCCCAAUUCUAAUCUUGCUUUGGUGUGAAUUGAGUAAUUUCACUGGCAUAAAAUCCUUUUCUCAACUGCUUAAAACCUAAAAAUAUAAUCAUAUAAGUCUUCAGAUCAGGACUGGAUCAGCUCAGAUACUUUAAGUGUGCUACCUGCUGGAGAGACAGUUUUGAAACCAUCUUAAAACUAUUUCCAAAACUUCAUAAAACUGGAUAUAAGAUGACUGAUCUCUACGUAUAUUUGAUUGAUAAAGUAUUUAAGAUUUAUUUGUAAAGCCUGAAGCUAGAUCUGUAUGUGUUAAAAAUAACGCAGCCAAAAAAUGUAAGUCAAAAGUUCAUUUUUUGCCAAUACUUAGAGGUACCUGAACCAAAGUGAUUUAAGUUUGGAAGAGGUGGGAGGGGAGUGAAGAAAAUUUGCACUAUGCUGAAUUUGAACACUUAAAUUCUCAUUCUUACUGAUAAGUUUUCAUUGGUGUGUUUGGUUUUACACUUUUUUUACUAUUAAAGUUCUACGAUCAAGUCA